ACAUUUCACACAUGAGUGAACAGACAAACGAUUUUUAAAACUACCUCGUAAAAAAGAAGGCUGGAAACUUCAAAAAAAUGGCUUGCACAAGAAAAUGAAAAUAAAAAUUAGAACUUAUUUAUGAAAUAACAAAGAAAAAAUUAGAAACAGAAAGAAUGCUUGCUAAUUCGUUAUGAUCUUUGCUGUAUUUUUUCUACUUUCUUUGACAUGCUUCAACAGUGUGUGCACGCUUGUAGAUGACGAUGAACAUUUAUGGAAGAAAGAACCAAAUGGGAAACUUUAUAUGAUCAAUCACAAGCCGCUUGCGUGGUCAGACGCAAAACAUGAAUGUGAAAUGAAAGCGGGAAAACUUAUCACCAUUGAGAGUCCGAAGGUGCAGGGGAUUGCUAAAACUAUAAUUCGAAAUCAAACACCAACUGGGUAUUGGACAGGAUUAGUUGAAGACUUAUUUAAGCAAUGGACGUGGGAAGGAAUUGGAAACCCGAAAUUCUCAAACUGGGAAUCUGGACAACCUUCGGAUGAUGCUGGGUUGGCCGGUUGCGCAGCUAUGAAUGCUGGUGGAAAAUGGCACGUUUCCGAUUGCGAAGUCGAACGAAAAUCAAUCUGUCAGAAGGAGGCUGAUGAGGCAGAUGAGGGCGAUGAAGUGGACACCCUUUCAUACGCGAAAUUGAACUUUGCUUUAAAAAGCGGAGAAAAUAAACACAGUGGCAAUGUAGCUGAAACAAAUACUAAGUACAGUCUUGACGUAGCCGAACCAAGUAGUAAAAAGACUUCUACACCGCACUUGAAUCAUAACAAAAUCAACAAAACAUCUGCAACACAUGGCGCCAGUAUGACGCGUGUGAAGCCAGGUGAUAACGCUGAUAAUGUUACAUUAGAAGUGUUUGAUGAAGAAAUUUCCAACAAGACACGUGAGAUAUCGACUUUGGUGACUAGAGACAACGCAGAAGACACGAAUUCAAAGAACGUCACACAAGAGUUAUCGCCUUUGUUAUCGAAUUUUUCUUCAGUGAACUCCACCACAGCUAGACGUAGUAACGAGACGAACCAAAGUAUCAAGGCGAUUAACGAAAGCAGCAAUUUAACCAAUCACAGCGUUACUGGGACAAACCAAGUUAGCCACGAAACACCAAAAUCGCAGUUAAAUAAUUCUUCGGAAAACAAUCAACUAGCUGCUGAUUCAAGUUUUAAUGAUAACACGACAUCGACAAUAAAAUUAAAGCCGUACGACAUAUCCCACAUGGCACCUUUGAAACAAAACAAAAGUUUCCAAGAAAACCAAAAUUUUCUUUUAAAAGAAUGGCUUAAAGAUUUCCGCGCCGGCUAUAAAGAUAUUCGUCCGCAGGCUGAAGAAGAUAUCCACUCAGGACUGACAUGGAGCGAGGCGACCUUUCCCACACUUUCUGCAGCUAAAUCUUUUAAACCCGCCUCAAAUAUGGUGUUAGGUGGUGACACCAGAGAUAUAAAAGGAUCUGCUGAAAUAGAAACUUACGGUGGUACAGGUAAUGGGUUGAUGUGUACAUUCCCGUUUAUAUAUAAUGGCGACACAGUAUCAAAUUGUCUCGACAGUGAAUUAGAUGGAGAAAGAAGAUGGUGUUCUGUGUCUAGUAACUACGACCGUGAUGCAUUGUGGGGAUAUUGUGACGACACAACCAAACAGCGUGAAGUUGAUGCUCUGAAAAAAAAUUUAUGCGACACUCCAAACGGUUAUCGCCUGCAAAACAGUGUCUGCGAUUUGUCCGACAGUAACAAGCAAGACAAUAAUAACCAAGACAACAAUAACAACAAAAAUGACGACCUAAGUAACGCACGACACCAGGUACAUAAUCAAACGAAUGAGAUUGACGAAAUUUUAGGUACCGUUCUUGAGAACGAAGGAAUAACUUCCACAGAACAAAUGCAAAUUUUAGGUAGAAAACACAUCAAAGGUGGAGAUAUAUUUGGAGACUCCAUUGCAGAUUCAUCCAGUCCAACUAAUAAAAACAGUGAAAGUGAGGCCACAGCUAAACACAUCGAGUUAACAAAGUUUACUGGGGAUGAAAAUGAGUUGAUAGAUAUGGAUAUCAAAGAAACAAAAGAAUCUCCAACUUUGAAAGAAUUAAAACGUGUUACAACCGGAACACACACACAAGCGCCUACCAUACACACAAUGCAUGCUCACACUUCUAGUAAAACUGAAGGAGCAACAAAACAAUCAUCCAUGGACGAACCUACCCAUUACGCUUUAAUAACAGAUGGCUUCAUUCAAGAUGACUCCAGGAAGCAUUUGCGGAAAAAUGCAAAACAAUCAUCCAUGGACGCACCUAGCCAAGACGCUUUUACAGCAGACGGAUUUAUUCAAGACGAGUACAACAAGAAUUUGCUAACAAAUGGAACAGAAUCAUCCAAGGACACACCUACCAAAGAUGCCAAUGGUUUUAGCAAGGACGAAAGCAGUCAAAAUUUGCUAAAAAAUUCAAAUGAAACGUCGAUAGACAUUCCUACCUUUGGUGUUACAACAGACGGAUUUAUUAAAGAUGAACCUAGUGAAAAUUUGAUUAAAAACAAAUCAAAGAACAGUACACUACCUUCAAAUAAGACAUUAAGCAUAAAACCAACCAGUCAUGGUCACACGUGGAAAGAAAAAAAUCACAGUAAAUACAAACUAAAACACAAAAUACAAAAACAAAAAACAAAAAAUUCUCAAGAAAAUGAGAUCGUAGUUAAAACGGUCGGUGGGCAUCCUGGUACAGGGGAGCCAUGUACAUUUCCCUUUGUUUAUCAAGGGGAGACAUACUUUAAAUGCAUAACAGAAGACCGAGACAAACCUUGGUGUAGCACAACAAGUAACUAUGAUAAAAUGCCAACAUGGGGCUAUUGUUGCAAUGGUGACGAAUGCCCAGAUGUUAGACCUACUCACAAACCGUCCCUUUUGACCGGUUUAUGGAAAGCACUUUCCACGACUAAAAAAAUCGAGUCUGAAACCUUAGCGUCAAAACUCAAAACGAAACUCGACACGCCAACCGAAAGAUUCAUUGAGAACGAAAUGAACGCUAAGGAAGAAACUUCUUCUCAUACUACAGAAAAACAAACAAAAAACACUCCCUCGCACAUCAUACACAACGAAGGAGAGGAAGUGCUCUCCAUUCAUAGCGGACUUAAAACAUACGGGGGAAAUACCGACGGCGAUAGAUGCGUCAUACCGUUUGUUUAUGACGGCCAAACUCACAUGAAAUGUAUUCCACGUGAUGAUGGCUCAGCAUGGUGUGCCACCACGCACAGUUAUGAUCGAAUUCCAAAAUGGGGAAACUGUUGCGAUCACGAACACUGUUCCAGUAUAUACUAAGCGAAUAUUACACUUUCUACACAAAAACAUUAAAACAGGACAAAACAAAAAACAUCCACUUGGGAAUUAGCUUUUCUACUAUAUGAAAUCUACUAAAUGUACAGUACUUUAUUCAUAUUUUUAUAACACUUGUAAUAUAUUCUUUACACACACCUAA